GCGCGGGCCGGGAGGAUGCAGCGCCGGCGCCCGAGGUCGGAGGAGGGCGGGCCAGGGUUUCGGAAAAACGAUGAAAUGAAAGCGAUGGACGUUUUGCCAAUUUUGAAAGAGAAGGUCGCUUACCUUUCAGGUGGCAGAGACAAGCGCGGUGGCCCCAUCCUCACCUUCCCGGCUCGCAGCAACCACGACAGAAUACGGCAGGAGGAUCUCAGGAGGCUCAUCUCCUACCUGGCUUGCAUCCCCAGUGAAGAAGUGUGCAAGCGUGGAUUCACGGUCAUCGUGGACAUGCGCGGCUCCAAGUGGGACUCCAUCAAGCCCCUGCUGAAGAUCCUGCAGGAGUCCUUCCCCUGCUGCAUCCACGUGGCGCUCAUCAUCAAGCCCGACAACUUCUGGCAGAAGCAGAGGACCAACUUCGGCAGCUCCAAGUUUGAGUUCGAGACGAACAUGGUCUCCCUGGAGGGCCUGACCAAGGUGGUGGACCCGUCGCAGCUGACGCCCGAGUUCGACGGCUGCCUGGAGUACAACCACGAGGAGUGGAUCGAGAUCCGCGUGGCCUUUGAGGACUACGUGAGCAACGCGGCGCACAUGCUGUCGCGGCUGGAGGAGCUGCAGGAGCUGCUGGCCAAGAAGGAGCUGCCGCCCGACCUGGACGGGGCGCGGGGCAUGAUCGAGGAGCACGCGCAGCUCAAGAAGAAGGUCAUCAAGGCGCCCAUCGAGGACCUGGACCUGGAGGGCCAGAAGCUGCUGCAGCGCAUCCAGAGCAGCGACAGCUUCCCCAAGAAGAGCUCGGGCUCGGGCAACGCCGACCUGCAGAGCCUGCUGCCCCGCGUGUCCGCCAUGCUGGACCGGCUGCACUCCACGCGCCAGCACCUGCACCAGAUGUGGCACCUGCGCAAGCUCAAGCUGGACCAGUGCUUCCAGCUGCGGCUCUUCGAGCAGGACGCCGAGAAGAUGUUCGACUGGAUCACGCACAACAAGGGCCUGUUUCUGAACAGCUACACAGAGAUCGGGACCAGCCACCCCCACGCCAUGGACCUCCAGACUCAACACAAUCACUUCGCCAUGAACUGCAUGAACGUGUACGUGAACAUCAACCGCAUCAUGUCGGUGGCCGGCCGGCUGGUGGAGUCGGGCCACUACGCCGCGCAGCAGAUCAAGCAGAUCGCCGGGCAGCUGGAGCAGGAGUGGAAGGCCUUCGCUGCCGCCCUGGAUGAGCGCAGCACCCUGCUGGACAUGUCAUCCAUUUUCCACCAGAAGGCCGAGAAGUACAUGAGCAACGUGGACCCGUGGUGCAAGGCCUGUGGCGAGGUGGACCUUCCCUCGGAGCUGCAGGACCUGGAGGACGCCAUCCACCACCAUCAGGGCAUCUACGAGCAUAUCACCGUGGCCUACGCAGAGGUGAGCCAGGACGGGAAGUCGCUCCUGGACAAGCUGCAGCGGCCGCUCACGCCCGGCAGCUCCGACUCCCUCACGGCCUCCGCCAACUACUCCAAGGCCGUGCGCCACGUCCUCGACGCCAUCCACGAGGUGCUGCACCACCAGCGGCAGCUGGAGAACAUCUGGCAGCACCGCAAGGUCCGGCUCCACCAGCGGCUGCAGCUGUGCGUCUUCCAGCAGGACGUCCAGCAGGUGCUGGACUGGAUCGAGAACCACGGCGAGGCCUUUCUGAGCAAGCACACGGGCGUGGGCAAGUCGCUGCACCGCGCCCGCGCCUUGCAGAAGCGCCACGAGGACUUCGAGGAGGUGGCACAGAACACCUACACCAACGCCGACAAGCUGCUGGAGGCGGCCGAGCAGCUGGCGCAGACGGGCGAGUGCGACCCCGAGGAGAUCUACCAGGCGGCCCACCAGCUGGAGGACCGCAUCCAGGACUUCGUGCGGCGCGUGGAGCAGCGCAAGGUGCUGCUGGACAUGUCGGUGUCCUUCCACACGCACGUGAAGGAGCUGUGGACGUGGCUGGAGGAGCUGCAGAAGGAGCUGCUGGAUGACGUGUACGCCGAGUCGGUGGAGGCCGUGCAGGACCUCAUCAAGCGCUUCGGGCAGCAGCAGCAGACGACCCUGCAGGUGACGGUGAACGUCAUCAAGGAGGGCGAGGACCUGAUCCAGCAGCUGAGGGACUCGGCCAUCUCCAGCAACAAGACGCCGCACAACAGCUCCAUCAGUCACAUCGAGACGGUGCUGCAGCAGCUGGACGAGGCGCAGGCGCAGAUGGAGGAGCUCUUCCAGGAGCGCAAGAUCAAGCUGGAGCUCUUCCUGCAGCUGCGCAUCUUCGAGCGCGACGCCAUCGACAUCAUCUCGGACCUGGAGUCGUGGAACGACGAGCUGUCGCAGCAGAUGAGCGACUUCGACACGGAGGACCUCACCCUGGCCGAGCAGCGGCUGCAGCACCACGCCGACAAGGCGCUCACCAUGAACAACCUCACCUUCGACGUCAUCCACCAGGGCCAGGACCUGCUGCAGUACGUGAACGAGGUGCAGGCCUCGGGCGUGGAGCUGCUGUGCGACCGUGACGUGGACAUGGCCACGCGCGUGCAGGACCUGCUGGAGUUCCUGCAUGAGAAGCAGCAGGAACUGGACGUGGCGGCCGAGCAGCACCGCAAGCACCUGGAGCAGUGCGUGCAGCUGCGCCACCUGCAGGCCGAGGUCAAGCAGGUGCUGGGCUGGAUUCGCAACGGCGAGUCGAUGCUGAAUGCCGGGCUGAUCACAGCCAGCUCGCUGCAGGAGGCCGAGCAGCUGCAGCGGGAGCACGAGCAGUUCCAGCAUGCCAUCGAGAAGACGCACCAGAGCGCCCUGCAGGUGCAGCAGAAGGCAGAGGCCAUGCUGCAGGCCGGCCACUACGACAUGGACACCAUCCGCGACUGCGCCGAGAAGGUGGCCUCGCACUGGCAGCAGCUCAUGCUGAAGAUGGAGGACCGUCUCAAGCUGGUCAACGCCUCCGUGGCCUUCUACAAGACCUCCGAGCAGGUGUGCAGCGUCCUGGAGAGCCUGGAGCAGGAGUACAAGCGGGAGGAGGACUGGUGUGGGGGCGCCGACAAGCUGGGCCCCAAUUCCGAGACGGACCACGUCACCCCCAUGAUCAGCAAGCAUCUGGAGCAGAAGGAGGCGUUCCUGAAGGCCUGCACACUGGCCAGGAGGAACGCGGACGUGUUCCUCAAAUACCUGCACCGGAACAGCGUGAACAUGCCGGGCAUGGUGACGCACGCCAAGGUCCCCGAGCAGCAGGUGAAAAAUAUCCUGAACGAGCUCUUCCAGCGGGAGAACAGGGUCUUGCACUACUGGACCAUGCGGAAGCGGCGGCUGGACCAGUGCCAGCAGUACGUGGUCUUCGAGCGCAGCGCCAAGCAGGCACUGGAGUGGAUCCACGACAACGGGGACUUCUACCUGUCCACCCACACGUCCACGGGCUCCAGCCUCCAGCACACGCAGGAGCUGCUCAAGGAGCACGAGGAGUUCCAGAUCACCGCCAAGCAAACCAAAGAGAGGGUGAAGCUGUUAAUUCAGCUGGCGGACGGCUUUUGUGAAAAGGGGCAUGCCCAUGCCACAGAGAUCAAAAAAUGCGUGACGGCCGUGGAUAAGCGGUACCGCGACUUCUCCCUGCGGAUGGAGAAGUACCGGACCUCGCUGGAGAAAGCGCUGGGCAUCUCCUCGGACUCCAACAAAUCGAGCAAGAGUCUGCAGCUGGACAUAAUCCCCGCCAGCAUCCCGGGCUCUGAGGUCAAACUUCGGGAUGCCGCUCAUGAGCUGAACGAGGAGAAGCGGAAGUCGGCCCGCAGGAAAGAGUUCAUCAUGGCUGAGCUGAUCCAGACGGAGAAGGCCUAUGUCAGGGACCUGCGGGAGUGCAUGGACACAUACCUGUGGGAGAUGACCAGCGGCGUGGAGGAGAUCCCCCCUGGCAUCGUCAACAAGGAGCUGGUCAUCUUCGGGAACAUGCAGGAGAUCUACGAGUUCCACCACAACAUUUUCCUCAAGGAGCUGGAGAAGUAUGAGCAGCUACCGGAGGAUGUCGGGCACUGCUUCGUCACUUGGGCAGACAAGUUUCAGAUGUACGUCACCUACUGCAAAAACAAGCCCGACUCCACCCAGCUCAUCCUGGAACACGCGGGCUCCUACUUUGACGAGAUCCAGCAACGACAUGGGCUGGCCAACUCCAUCUCCUCCUACCUUAUCAAGCCCGUCCAGCGGAUAACCAAGUAUCAGCUGCUCUUAAAGGAGCUGCUCACGUGCUGUGAGGAAGGCAAGGGCGAGAUCAAGGACGGCCUGGAGGUGAUGCUCAGCGUGCCCAAGCGGGCCAACGACGCCAUGCACCUCAGCAUGCUGGAAGGGUUUGAUGAGAAUAUCGAGUCUCAGGGAGAACUCAUCCUUCAGGAAUCCUUCCAAGUGUGGGACCCCAAGACCUUAAUCCGGAAGGGUCGAGAACGGCACCUCUUCCUUUUCGAGAUGUCCUUGGUGUUCAGUAAAGAAGUGAAAGAUUCCAGUGGGAGAAGCAAGUACCUUUAUAAGAGCAAACUGUUUACCUCAGAGCUGGGCGUCACGGAGCACGUAGAAGGCGAUCCUUGCAAAUUUGCACUGUGGGUAGGGAGGACGCCCACCUCCGACAACAAAAUCGUCCUCAAGGCCUCGAGCAUCGAGAACAAGCAGGACUGGAUCAAGCACAUCCGCGAGGUGAUCCAGGAGCGGACAGUGCACCUCCAGGGCGCCCUCAAGGAGCCCAUCCACAUCCCCAAGACGGCGCCCGCCCCACGGCAGAAGGGACGCAGGGACGGCGAGGACCUGGACAGCCAAGGGGACGGCAGCAGCCAGCCCGAUACCAUCUCCAUCGCAUCCCGGACGUCGCAGAACACGCUGGACAGUGACAAGCUCUCGGGCGGCUGCGAGCUGACGGUGGUCAUCCACGACUUCACGGCCUGCAACAGCACCGAGCUGACCAUCCGGCGUGGCCAGACGGUGGAGGUGCUGGAGCGGCCCCACGACAAGCCCGACUGGUGCCUGGUGCGCACCACGGACCGCUCGCCCGCCGCCGAGGGCCUGGUGCCCUGCGGGUCCCUGUGCAUCGCCCACUCACGGAGCAGCAUGGAGAUGGAGGGCAUCUUCAACCACAAAGACUCGCUGUCCGUGUCCAGCAACGACGCCAGCCCGCCCGCGUCGGUGGCGUCGCUGCAGCCGCACGUGCUGGGCGCGCAGAGCUCGCCUGGCCCCAAGCGGCCGGGGAACACGCUGCGCAAGUGGCUCACCAGCCCCGUGCGCAGGCUGAGCAGCGGCAAGGCCGACGGGCACGUGAAGAAGCUGGCGCACAAGCACAAGAAGAGCCGCGAGGUGCGCAAGAGCGCCGACGCCGGCUCGCAGAAGGACUCGGACGACAGCGCCGCCACCCCGCAGGACGAGACCGUGGAGGAGAGAGGCCGGAACGAGGGCCUGAGCAGCGGGACCCUGUCCAAGUCAUCGUCCUCGGGCAUGCAGAGCUGCGGGGAGGAGGAGGGCGAGGAGGGCGCGGACGCCGUGCCCUUGCCCCCGCCCAUGGCCAUCCAGCAGCACAGCCUCCUCCAGCCCGACUCGCAGGACGACAAGGCCUCCUCACGCCUCCUGGUCCGCCCCACCAGCUCCGAGACGCCCAGCGCCGCCGAGCUCGUCAGCGCCAUCGAGGAACUGGUCAAAAGCAAGAUGGCGCUGGAAGAUCGGCCCAGUUCCCUCCUGGUGGACCAGGGGGACAGCAGCAGCCCGUCCUUCAACCCUUCCGACAACUCGCUCCUGUCCUCGUCCUCACCUAUCGACGAGAUGGAAGAGAGGAAGUGCAGCUCGCUGAAGAGACGGCGCUACGUGUUGCAAGAAUUAGUGGAGACAGAGCGCGACUACGUGCGGGACCUCGGCUGUGUGGUUGAGGGCUACAUGGCGCUGAUGAAGGAGGACGGCGUCCCCGACGACAUGAAGGGCAAAGACAAGAUCGUGUUUGGCAACAUCCACCAGAUAUACGACUGGCACCGAGACUUUUUUUUAGGAGAGUUGGAGAAGUGCCUUGAAGAUCCGGAAAAACUAGGAUCCCUUUUUGUUAAACAUGAGAGAAGGUUGCACAUGUACAUAGUGUAUUGUCAGAACAAACCAAAGUCUGAGCACAUUGUCUCAGAGUACAUCGAUACCUUUUUUGAGGACCUUAAGCAGCGGCUGGGGCACAGACUGCAACUCACGGACCUGCUCAUCAAGCCAGUGCAGAGAAUCAUGAAGUACCAGCUGCUCCUCAAGGACUUCCUCAAGUACUCCAAGAAAGCCAGCCUGGACACAUCAGAGUUGGAGCGCGCCGUGGAGGUCAUGUGCAUCGUCCCCAAGCGGUGCAACGACAUGAUGAACGUGGGCCGGCUGCAGGGAUUCGACGGCAAAAUCGUGGCCCAGGGCAAGCUGCUGUUGCAGGACACGUUCCUGGUCACCGACCAGGACGCGGGCCUCCUGCCGCGCUGCAGGGAGCGGCGGGUCUUCCUCUUCGAGCAGAUCGUCAUCUUCAGCGAGCCGCUGGACAAGAAAAAGGGCUUCUCCAUGCCGGGGUUCCUGUUCAAGAACAGCAUCAAGGUGAGCUGCCUGUGUCUGGAGGAGAACGUGGACAACGAUCCCUGCAAGUUUGCUCUGACGUCACGGACGGGCGAGGCGCUGGAGACCUUCAUCCUGCACGCGUCCAGCCCCAGUGUCCGGCAGACGUGGAUUCAUGAGAUCAACCAGAUUUUAGAAAACCAGCGCAAUUUUUUAAACGCCUUGACAUCGCCCAUCGAGUACCAGAGGAACCACAGCGGGGGCGGCGGCGGGGCCGCGGGCCCGGCGGCGGCGGCGGCAACCACGGCGCGGGCCCCGCGGGCGGCGCCGGCCGGAGCAGGCCCUCCCGGAUCCCCCAGCCCGUCCGACACCACUCCCCCGUGCUGGUCUCCUCCGCGCCCCCCGGCCAGGCGGAGGCCGACAAGAUGUCAGAGUGAAAGCAGCAGCAGUAGCAACAUCUCCGCCAUGUUGGUGACGCACGAUUACACGGCAGUGAAGGAGGAUGAGAUAAACGUCUGCCAAGGAGAGGUCGUUCAGGUUCUGGCCAGCAACCAGCAAAACAUGUUCCUGGUGUUCCGCGCCGCCACUGACCAGUGCCCCGCCGCCGAGGGCUGGAUCCCGGGCCUGGUCCUGGGACACACCAGCGCGCUCAUCACGGAGAACCCCGACGGGACUCUCAAGAAGUCGACAUCUUGGCACACAGCACUCCGUUUAAGGAAAAAAUCUGAGAAAAAAGAAAAAGACGGCAAACGGGAAGGCAAGUUGGAGAACGGAUAUCGGAAAUCCCGGGAAGGGGCCAGCAGCAAGGUAUCGGUGAAGCUUCUCAACCCCAGCUACAUUUAUGACGUUCCCCCAGAUUUCGUCGUUCCCUUGAGCGAGGUCACGUGUGAGACGGGAGAGACCGCUGUUCUUCGCUGUCGUGUUUGUGGCCGCCCCACGGCCUCCAUCACCUGGAAAGGCCCCGAGCACAACACCCUGAGCAGCGACGGCCACUACAGCAUCUCCUACAGUGACUUGGGCGAGGCCGCUCUGAAGAUCGUGGGCGUGACCACGGACGACGAUGGCAUCUAUACGUGCAUCGCAGUGAACGACAUGGGGUCUGCCUCGUCCUCGGCCAGUCUGAGGGUGCUAGGUCCAGGGCGUGAUGGCAUCGUGGUGACCUGGAAGGACAACUUUGACGCCUUAUACAGCGAGGUGGCCGAGCUUGGCAGGGGCCGGUUCUCUAUUGUCAAGAAAUGCGAUCAGAAGGGAACCAAGCGCGCAGUGGCCACCAAGUUCGUGAACAAGAAGUUGAUGAAGCGUGACCAGGUCACCCACGAGCUGGGGAUCCUGCAGAACCUCCAGCAUCCGCUGCUGGUGGGCCUCUUGGAUACCUUCGAGACCCCCACCAGCUACGUCCUGGUGCUGGAAAUGGCAGACCAGGGCCGUCUCCUGGACUGUGUGGUGCGCUGGGGAAACCUCACCGAGGGGAAGAUCAGGGCGUACCUGGGGGAGGUCCUGGAAGCCGUCCGAUACCUUCACAACUGCAGGAUCGCACACCUGGACCUAAAGCCCGAGAACAUCCUGGUGGACCAGAGUGCAGCCAAGCCCACCGUCAAACUGGCCGACUUCGGCGACGCCGUGCAGCUCACCACCACCUACCACAUCCACCAGCUGCUGGGGAACCCCGAGUUCGCCGCCCCCGAGAUCAUCCUGGGCAACCCGGUGUCCCUGACGUCAGACACGUGGAGCGUGGGGGUGCUCACCUACGUCCUGCUGAGCGGCGUGUCCCCCUUCCUGGACGACAGCACGGAAGAGACCUGCGUGAACAUUUGCCGGCUGGACUUCAGCUUCCCAGAUGGCUACUUUGAAGGAGUGAGCCAGGAGGCCAAGGACUUCGUGUGCCUCCUCCUGCAAGAGGACCCUGCCCAGCGGCCCUCGGCGGCCCUGGCCCUGCAGGAGCAGUGGCUGCAGGCGGGCCACGGCCACGGCCAGGGCGUCCUGGACACGUCCAGGCUGACUUCAUUCAUUGAGCGGCGCAAACACCAGAACGACGUGCGAUCCAUCCGGAGCAUGAAAAACUUCCUCCAGAGCAGACUCGUGCCCCGAGUCUGAGCGACCUCGGAGUCGACUCUCCUUCUCUUUCACCUGCCGACCAGCUGUUAAUCUGAACUCCUGCGAGAAACGCCAACCAACCGGACGAGUGCUGCGUCUGUUGUUGAUCGUUGUGACCUGGCCUGUCCGCGAGGGCCGGCGGGCCAGCGCAGCUUGGGGGAGUGUCCCCCGGCUGCCGGCCGCGCUGGGCUGGACGACCUCCUCUCUUGCCGUGUUACAGUCUUUUAUUCAGGUUUCUGCAAAAAAAAAAAAAAAGUUAAAAAAAAACUUUUUUAAAGGAACACAAAUAGAAUUUUGCAAAUUUACCGUUUUCCAAGAUGUAUUCAAGGAAGUGAAAUAAAUGCCUGUGUUCUACCACUCGGUGUUAAGGAACCAAGCCGAGAUCCCUCGUCUCUGGGGGGGACCCCCGCAGGGCCCGCAGCUGGGGGGAACCCCAGGAGAGGCGUCUGGAACAUGCAUUCAACCUCAGACUUUUGCAUACAAACAGAAUGAAUGGUUUUGCUCUGAUGAAAUGUAGGCCUUACUUGUAUAUAAGACUUGGUCCUGCCUUCCGGCUCGGCCACCCUUCAGCCCCCCGCCCCACACCGUCGGGGACUGGGGGCGGGGGAGAGGGGGUGGCCCAGGGGGCGGGGCUGAGAGGGCCCCGCCCCGCCCCCAAGCCGUCAAUCAGAUUGUGGUGCAGGACCGUCAAACGGAAGUACUGCAAAAGCGCGCAUUGGGGUUUUUUGGGGUUUUAUUUCCUAUCAUGUGCAAUGUUGUGGCUUUAACAUUUUAUGCAACUAUUUAUGAAGACCUCUGUUGUACCUGUAAUAAAUGCAUAGAAAAAGCA